CUUGAAGAUGCAAAGAAAUUUUUUGAGGAAAUGAAGAGGAGAGGGAUUUUACCUGAUGUUUUUUUGCUAUAAUUCUCUUAUCAUGGGGCUCUGCAAAGCCAACAAGAUGGAAGAAGCGAGGCUAUACUUAGUUGAAAUGUCGGAGAAGGGGUUCAAGCCUAAUGAAUAUACUUAUGGGUCUUUCAUCAGUGGGUAUUGUAAGGCAGCAGAUAUGCUGGCAGCUGGCAGAUUCUUCAUGGAGAUGAUAGACUGCGGUGUAGUACCAAAUGGUGUCAUCUGCACGACUCUUAUUGAUGGUCAUUGUAAAGGAGGUGACGUUGGAGAAGCAUUCACAGUUGUUAAGGUCAUGCUCGAGCGGCAAGUGCUCCCAGAUGUGCAGAUUUACGGACUGUUGAUCCAAGGACUUUCAAAGAACGGGAAACUAAAAGAAGCAACGGAGGUUUUUUCUGAACUCCAGGAAAAGGGCCUAGUGGCUGAUAUUUUUAUUUACAUUUCUGUUAUACCUUGAUUAAUGGUCUUUGUA